AUGUCGCCGGUACCGCAGCUACGGCAGGUCCAGCUCUGCCAGCAGCCACCGUGGAAUUUCUCCUCUGGGACUGCGUUAGGCAGAACAAAUGGAGCAUUAAUUGCACGGAGCCCUCCCGGUGCCGCAGCCCGGCUGGUCCGGGGUCCCGGGGCUGAGCACGGGGGCUCUGUGCCCGCACCACGAUCGGCCGCUGGAAGCAGCCGUGCUCCAGCGCUGAGCCUGCUCAAAGCGCUGUACAGCUGCCAAGGACAGCGUGACACAGGAAUGCACUUCACUGCUGUGUUUCACAAGUUUCAUACCCAGGAAAUUAUGUAUCAUUCCAGUAAAAUUGCGCUCUUGCGAUACGCUGUAACGCAGUGUGUGUAUAUAUAUAUCAACAGAGAUGUACAGCAUGCCCUGGAGAUGGAUUUUUCUGACAAAAACUCAACCUAUUUUAUUAUUAACCUGAGGAACACAUUGGACAGCAUCAACUUUUACCAUGGAGUGGAAAAAGCAGCAGAUAUUGUUUCAGUUCCUGCAACAAGUUCCUGGGCUAAAUUCAGUGGAAUCAAUAUCAGGUGCUCUCAACAUGCAGGGGCCAACUCUGUCCUGCCCUGAAAGGAUGCAGAGGCUGGACUGGAGUGCACAUUUGAGGAGAUGUGGAAUCAUUUAUCCAGGAUUAACUUAGCCUUUAAUAAUCAUGUUGCUGAAGUAUCUGAUGCAAAGAACAAACUCCAAGCACAACUGGCCAAGAUGCUUCAGGAAAUCUUCCAGACAGAAGCUACAAUCAUGUUACUGGAGAGAUUAAAGACAAAGGAGAACCCACUGGAAGUGACUCAGACCUGACUGCAGGGAAGAAUGAAAUGACCCAAUAAUGGACUUUGCUGUGAUGCAUCUCAGUUUCAGGCCACUGAAGUUUCCACUAUAGAUAACAUCAUACAGGCCUUCAAGUGAUGCCUGCAAGAAGUACAUGACACUCUGCAGAUACUGAUCCUCCACAAAUCAGUGCCAGAAGACAACAUUUCUGUGAAGGCAAACUCCCUCUUCAUUGACAAGAAGUGUACAGGAACAUGA